AGCUGCGAUGCGAAGUGACGCUUCGAAGAGCGAUCUGAGUGACUCCUAUAAACAGAAGUCUAGAACACUGUGAGCAAACCCUCGUGCUGAUCGAAAGCUUCCCUUGCUCGAGACAUAGUUCGGACAACGUUCGGCAGCCGGCGUAUGUUGGAAAUGACACUGCAGCCCGCAACAUGGUUGAUAUACAAUGACGGUCAUAGUAACACCGCCAUCUGCGACUUCUUCAACCCAUCCAUAUACAAUCUAGCGAUCUGGGGACCUCUACGAAACCUCCAAGCCUCUCAUGUGUAAGCUACUUCACAAUGACGUCACGCAUCACAACCCUCCAAAUGAAGGCUAUUGACGCGCUACCUUACACAGGCUCUAAAAAUCAUCAGAAUGUUGACAUGCCAGAGUCUUGGAACCCAUCGCUCUACCGCACGCACGACGUGCAAACCCCAGCGCCAGCACCCGAAGCGGUAGACAACCUAACUCAAGCCGUGAACACAUGCAGCACACGCCUUCAAUCAGACCCAUACAACCCUGAACUCUGGACAGAACGUGCAGGCCAUUACUUACAACUGAACUAUCCCGAGCUCGCAGUAGGCGACGCAUACAGGGCCAAGCUACUAUUCGAUCGCUUAGAUUCCGCUCCAGACGACCAUGGGGAGAGUAGCAAAAGCGAGAAAAAUGGGGUUGGACAGGAAGGCAUUGGUACAGAUGAGGAGGUUCGUGUAAAGGCAUACACAAUACUAGGCCAAGCUCUCUACGACUGCCACUGCCAUUGGGAGUGUUUCGAGUUCUGGCUCUCGCUCACCCAAGCCAAACAAUUUCCGCAGAUAUCGAGAAUUGCAUUCACGAAAGCGAAUGCGCUCAAACAGUUGCUGGCGCAAAAGAAACAAGCCGCUGCGCCAUAUGGAGGGACACAACAACAGCAAAGAGACAGACUGAGAGAUGGGAGCGUGGUUUCUGUGCACUAUCCGUGGAUGGAGAAACGACAUCUUACCAGGAGCCCCGAGGUCGUACGUCAAGUGAACUCGGAACUGAAAGCCAACGUCCAGCCGCCAGCCUGUCGAUUAAGCAACAGCACACUCGCGCCCAUUCCAGACAUGCUCGGCAUAUUCGCAACCCGCCCCAUCUCCAAGGGUUCAUGCAUCCUGAUCGACCAAACCACAACCUCCGCAGCCAGCUCCCCUCCCUCAUCCCCUCACUGCGAAAACUGCUACGACACCCCGCUCACAUCGCCCGUUCUUGCCUCCUGCUGCGCGUCGCUCUUCUGCUCGCCCACCUGUCAUUCCCUCGCGAUGAACACAUACCACCGCGCGCUCUGCGGACAAAACUUCUCUUGGCUCUCCGCGCCCGCGUCGUCUUUGCGGGAAAACGCAAGCCCGAUGCGCCCGCUCUUAUUACUGAGGUUCCUGGCGCUCUGCGUGCAAGCCGGGGUGCAGAAACAUCCGCUGGACCACCCGCUGAUUGCGCGGUUGCAACCACUCGCCAAUUGCGGACAUCUGGAUGUGUUCACGCUGGGCGAGAGCGUUGUUACACCUCUCAAAAUCCUGCAACAGCUGGGCAUCAACAUAUUCACCACCCCCGCCUUCUCCACCAUGGUCCUACACACGAUUUGGUGCCGGCUGGCGAACAAUAAAGCCGGCUCUUUCGACCCCAAACUCGGGUUUGUGGAUGAGAUUACGCCCUUCCUGCCGUUGUUCAACCAUAGUUGUGAGCCGAACGUCGAGUAUAAGAAGGAAGACGGGACGAACACGAUACGCUUCUUCGCUUUGAGGAAUAUUGAGGAGGGCGAGGAGAUCUUCGACAGUUAUCAGGACGUGGAAGACCUGCGCCGAGAAGAGAGGGUUGAAAGAAUGUGGCCGUGGUUCGAGCAGCCGUGUUUGUGUCCGAGGUGUAGGAGGGAAGCGGCGCAGGGCAGGUGACAGAUGGGGUCGUUUAGGUUAUCGAGAUGAGAAACGUGACUGUUGUGAUAUCGUGAGUGCGAGAAAAACGCAGGGAAUGCGGCAAUAUGCCGUGUGCGCCGGCCAGUGCUGGCAAAUGUGUUUGUUUGCUUACGCCCGCCCAUCGAUCCUUGGCCUCUUGCUAUCCCGCCCACCGUCGUCGCCGAAUCUCUUCCUCUCGCCUAGUGGCUUUGCGUUUGCACCCGACGGACCCUCUUGGUCGCCGUCUCUCCCUCUGUACCCAUCACUCCUGAACCUCUCGUCCAGCCCGUACUCCUCCCUAUUCCUCCUCGGCCUGUCGGGCCCAUAGUCACCCCAUCGCCCCGUGUCUUCAGACCGCAUAUCCUUGUACCGC